GCCACCAUGAAUGAUCGUGUUCGAGAUGGUUGAACUGGACGUCGUCUCAGCCGACAAUUGGGAGCUCCAUGGUGCACGCAUUGUUGUACCCAUGCUGGGGAGCGCUGUGAAGCGAUUGCUUAUACACGCUGUUGAGACCUUCCCACCCGUUCCCAUGUUUAUCGACCUGUCGAACCUGGUGUCGCUUGAAUGGUUCGCAUUUAUGUCAGGCGAGAUCAGCCUGACGUCUGCUCUCAACAUGUUGCACUCCAUACCGGCACACACGCCUCUCCGUCAUGUAACUCUUGCAGUGGCAACCUUCAUCGACCCUACAUGGGGACACAUUCCUACAUCCUUGGUCAGGUUCAGGCGGAAAAUCCAGAUGUGCAUCGCUUAUCGUGCUCUCCCUGCCAACAGAGAUGUCGUCAACACAUCAUCCUUAGUUAACGUGUCCUAUGGUACAUAUGCAGAGGUGUGGGAUUACAUCUUAACGGGUGUUCACGCACAGUGGAUACGUAUACAUGUCCAUGCCAUGUCCAACUGGAACGACUCUUCCAAAAAAUGCACAUCCCUGAAACUCGCACCAUGGGGCUUUGUUGAAGCCUCUUGGCUUUAUCCGACCAACUACGUCUUUGCUAGAUGCGCACACACCAACAACCUUCGUAACAAAAUGCUAGGCUAUGACGAGUUUGAAAAAAGCUUGUACAGAGAAACACUUAUAUGUGCGAUCGUUCACUCUGAAGCGUCUUGGGUACCGCACAUGGUGCGCAAGCCCUUUCAGAUCAUGGUUUACACCACAGUGCAGCGCUUUUCCGACGAGGCUAGCGGCUGGGGACCAGGGGGGGAGACGAAGGAGAGGGUGACUUUGAGGGUGUGGGUUAAAGUGGAGCUGGAUGUCGAGGAGUCGGUGGAGGACCGUGAUUCUCCCUCUAUGGAACACCCCAUUUCCCAGAGUGCGGCUCACCAGGGGACUACCACCGUUGGGGUCGAGCCUGGCGAUACUCUUUCUGAAAGAAUUCGUGUCCUCGACCACAUGCGUAGCGAGCUUUGCCAAUCUAGCUCAUGUCGAGCUACGGUUGAAGGAGAUGCAAGCAGGAGAGAGACGCUGUUCGAGCACGAGUUCUCCAGUUGGAGGAGGCAGCGUUGA